AUGCGAGCCAGAAGCCCCACGACUGCAGGGGGGCGCCGGGGAGGAGGGACGCUGUACAAGUGCUGGUCUGUGAGCCCAGGACACGGCCGACUGUCAGGGAUGCAGGCCGGACUGGCGGCGUGCUGGCUCUUGCUGGCGGCCGGCGGCGGCGCAUGGCGUCCCGACGCCAGGGAGGUGGCGGCCGUGGUGCGAGAGGCGGCGCUGCUGUACGACAAGGUCUGCGUCGCGCUCGUCUUCUCCGGCCGCGCGGGCCCGGGCAAGCAGGCGGCGCUCGCGCGCACGGCGAGGCAGCUGUCCCAGGCCGGCCUGGCCGCGGCGUCGCUGCAGCUGCAGGCGACCAGCUUCGAGCAGGCGGGCCAGCUGUGCCACCACGCGGCUCCCCUCCUCGUGCUGUGGGACGCCGACAAGGACACCAGGACGCGCUGGCGUCGCGCCGGCCGGCGGACGCGGCGUGGCUGCUGCUGCGGCCCCCGGGGGAGUCCCCGGACCUGGGCGGCUUCCUGGCCAGGGUCGACCUGCCCUUCGACUGCAACGUGGUGUUGGCGCGCGCGGGGCCCGCGGGGAGGGGGGUACCGCCUGGAGGAGCUGUACCGCGUGUCGCCCGGCGCGCAGAUCCGCUCCUACCGCCUCGGCGCGGGCCGAAUGCUGCCGCGGCUGCUGUCCCGCUACCACCGCAGGCCCGGCCUGCACGGGCUGGUGCUCAGGGCCGCCUUCACGCCGAAAGAAUUUGUCAUGGAAGAAAUUUUAGAUGAAUCAGGACACAAACAGAAAAUUGGAUUUUUCGCAGUGUUUUGGAGGACUCUCGAAGAUAUCGCAAACUUCACGACCAAGUACAUCGAGAAUAAAAACCGUGGCUAUGGCAUAGAGAGUCACGGUUCGUGGAACGGAAUGAUUGAAAUGCUGAGGAAAAACGAAGUGAACGCAGCGGUGGGCGACUUCACGAUGUCCAGGAUCAGGAAGUCGGUGAUCGACUUCACCAUACCGCUAAUCACCACCAGUUCCAGGGUGUUCAUCCCGGCGCCCGGCGGCCACGAGCUCAACUGGAGCUCCUUCUCGUCCCCAUUCUCCGCCGGCCUGUGGGGCUGGCUGCUGGGCUCCCUGCCCCCCGUGGCGACGCUGGCGUGGGGCGCGCAGCGUCUGGGCGGUCGGGAGCGCGCCAGGGGCUGGCGCCACGGCUACAGCUACGCACUGCUCUCCGUGCUGCGGCCCGUCUGCCAGCAAGGGCUGGAGGACCCCCCGAGGUCGUGGUCGUGCCGCGCCAUCUUCCUCACGCUGUACCUCACCAUGCAGAUCCUGUACUCGGCCUACUCCGCGGCCCUGGUCUCCUCGCUCGCCAAGCAGACCUUCACGCUGCCCUUCGCCGACAUCGGCGGCCUGCUGCGCGACGGCUCCUACGACUUCUACGUCAGCCAGAUGUCCGCAGAGUACGAGCUGUUCCAGACGUCCAACGACAGCCUGAUGCGCGCCGUGUUCCGCCGCUACCUGCAGGACCAGUCCGUGCUGCCGACCAGCAGCGGAAACAUCCUGGCGGGGCUGUGCGGCGAGCGCAAGAGGGCCGUGCUGCAGCCGCGCUUCCUCGCGGAGGCCAGCGCGGGCUCCCUGCCGUGCCGGGUGCUGUCCCUGCCCACCGCCGUGUUCCAGACGUCGCUGGCCAUCGCGCUCGCCAAGCACAGCCCCUACCAGGGCAUCUUCAACCACUACCUGAUGCUGCUGCUGGAAACGGGCAUCAGGAACAAGUUCAAGAGGACGUUCGUCACCUCCCCUGCCAAGAGGCAGCAAGAGAGCUGGGUCCCCGUCAACAUGACGCACGUGGUCCCGAUACUCGCGGUGCUGGGCGCGGGCGUCGCUGCAGCCGUCGUGGCGCUCCUGCUGGAGGUCUGUGUCCGCCACUGCCGCUCGCCCGCACGUCCCAGGGGUCCGAGCGGCGCGCGUCCGAGGCACAUCUGCGACAUGCGCGCGGUAGCAAACAGCAAACCACGUCACACACACAUCAGGGCUACAGAGAGAAACUAAAAGCCCCGGGGGCGGCAAAUAAUUUUGUGACCGUGGUCAUAAUUGUAAAUGUCAUCUGUAUCACAAAACUUAUAAGGUUUGCCACUGCACAGACUUCACGAGGCUCUUAAUAUUUUGUAGGAUCUUACUGGGAGGCGUGGAAUAGUCCUAGAGAGAGAGAAAAAAAAGGAGUAUUCAGGUGUCCUCUUCCAGAAAAUAUGAAAAAAUAAAAACUUUUCAAAGCAACUUUUCUAAGCCAACGCAUAAUUUAAAUUUCAAUGAUGGUUUUGAUGAUUUAUCUUAAGACAUAUUGAUAGAAGCAUUGGUAAUAUUAGGGCAGAGGCAGGUGCCCAGAACCCAGGGAUUCCCUUCCCCCCCCUUGCCAAUCCUUCUCGUAGGCCCUGCAUAUCAUACACAGCUGGCAUCUUCUUUCUUUCAAAUUAUUUCCUGUUUUUUUUUUUUUUUUUGUUGAAUGAUAAAUGUUUUAAGAUUCCAGAGCGAGGGGGGGAGACAUAUCCUUCCAUCUCCCCCCCCCCUUCCCCUGCGCGCGCCCCUGCCGAAAAGCAUACUAAACUGGCUCGAUGAGUUGUUAAAUUAUUUGAGCCUCACCUGGAGAAAAAAAAAAAAAUUCAUGUAAUAACUGUAGCUCUAGUUAUCAGAGAUGUAUGGGUGUGGUGAAUUCUUGAUAGAUCCAAUAAAUUGCUUGAUGAGACAAGACAUUAAAAAAAAUCAAAAUCAGGGGAGAACCCAACUUAGAAUUUUGGGAAGGGUGAUUUUGUGGGAUAUCGAGUUUUUUUAUUGCUAGUUUAUUUAAUUAAGGGUUAUUGAGGGCAGAAAAAGGGUGGGGGGAAAGGCGAUCGGCCGAUCGCCAAAGGACUGCCACUAAUCUAAAUCAACCACUCAUUUCACCAUACAUGUUGAUGUCAUUGCAUCAGACCCCUAAAACAUUAUAUAUAUAACCUAGUUAAGCUUAACAAUUUACAAAACAUUAUUUUUGAAAUAGGUCACACACAUAAAACAGACUUUUUGAAUUAAUUUUUUUAAAGCCAACCUACAGUGAUUUUCACUACAACACAAAUAAGAUCUGCUAUUAUUACCAAAGAGUGAAUAGAUAAUGUGGUUGAAACUGUAAGUUUGCUACUAUCUUGUUCACAGCACUGUAUCAGAGGAAUCCACAAACUUAGUAAACAAAUGAAUGGUGUGCUUUGUAUUAGGUGUAGUAUGCACAUAAUUACACUGCCAGUGUGUUGUAGUAUAUAAACUUGUUUAUUUGCUAAAGAUGUUCUCUAGGUGUACUCUUAUAAAAUCAGCAUGUAUGUGACUUAGAAAAAAAAAUUAGGAUAACUUAAAUAUAAUCACAAUUUAGAAAAACAGUACCUUACAAAUAAAGCUGAUUCACACAACUUAGCAGUGUUAUAAAAUAUGAACAUAACUUUUAAACACACAAUGCUGAACCACAUCAUUUAGAAAUAUGUCAUAAGUUGGAAACACACAAGUAAGAACAAACACAAGCUAAAAAUAACAUAAUAUAGAAAGUUCACAAGUUAGAACUACACUACUCAUAACUGGCAUAAAGGACCCCAACUCUUUUCCUUUCAAUUAUCAAGGUGUACGAGGCAUUUGCUUUUUGUGAAGGAAGUGGAAACACAUAUCAGACAGGUGUUUGAUAAAAAAAAAAAUCAGAGUAGCAGGCUAGAGAUAAAACAACUCAUAUGAGGAAAUGUGAUUGUUUCACAUACAUAUGAAAUACGAAUCACCAACUUCUUAUACGAAAUCCAAAAUCUGUAAUCACAAACCUUUUUUGUAUCUUAUUUGUAGCAAAUAAUUUUUUUUCGAUAACUGUAAAUUUUAUUUUCUUCUGAUGUUCAUCCCAAACCUGAGUAACCAAAUCUAUCACAUAAUGUUACAGGUAUAAUCUCAAUUUUGGAAGAUUCAAUUUAUGAGCAAUCAAUGAGUCAACAUCCCAGUUGGUUGGAGCUCAGACGUUUCUUCAUAUUAAGCCUGAACAUAAACAUGAGAUGUAGACACCUACCUGUAUCUUGGUAAUUGAACUUACAAUGCCAUGUAUCAUGGAUUUUUAUCUAUCUCUCGCCCCUGUGUUACCACGCACUGUUCAAAGGGCAGCAUCCGGAGGCUCGGUCCAGACUGCAACUAUGCCUGUUUUCGUCCCUUCCAGCAGCCACACCCAGAGGCCUAACAAUACGUCUGUCGGACAAUGGUCUGGUGACCAUCAGACAUUAAGAUUUGCUGCUGCCAGGUUCCUUCAGGCUCAGUACUAAGUCCCUGAGCUUAAACACCAGGCAAGCCUCUAUACUAUACUAUACUAGUUUAGAGGUUGUGUAUGCCCUGUGGUAUUCCAGACAAAUGUGUGCCCAAAUAUACUCUAUAAUACAAUUUCAUUACAGAUAUAUCACUUUUUUUUUGUUAAC